UGUAAAUCGCCCUUGCUCGCGGCGUCGUUGCAAGACGUUGCAACCUGACUUGCAAUUACUGCACCUCUGUCCCAGCACUCGACCUUUGGAGGCGUAACCCAUUCUUUGGCAAGCGCUAAUCAUGCCUAGGCUGCUGGAUCUGCUCGUCCUGUGCACAGCUGCACAGGGCUUCGUGGUGCCGCUUCGAAGGCUGCGCGCGACGCAGCACCGAUGUCGUGUCGAUUUGCAAGCGGCCGACCUGGACGACUUCGAGCCGUACAUGAGCCCGGCGGCGCGCGCCGCCGCGCGGGCCGCUGCGCGGGCCGACGAGCCAAACGCGCUGCUGGCGGCGGCCGGCAUCGUGGCGUUCCUCUUCCUGGCGGCGACGGUCUUCACGGUCGAGGAAGACAACGCGACGCCGCCGCCGCUCGGCGCGACCUAUCCCCGCCUCGACGUCUGGACCGGAGCCGAGGAGCCGCGGCGCGGCGCGGCGCCGACGGAGACGACGUUCACGCUCGCCCCGGUCGUGACGCCGGGCCAGCUCUGGUCAGCGACGAUCUUCCAGUGGCGCGUCUUCUCGCUCGAGACCAACGUGCCGACGGGCUUCCAGCGCGGCCCCGGCGACCCGGCCGCCAUCGAGCUGCUGCGCGCCGUCGUCGAGUUCUUCACGCGGGGCCUCCCGAACGCGAAGCGCUACGAGGGCCGCGUCGAGGACGAGUUCGCCGCGGGGCCCGACGGCACGCAUGGACGGCCGCCGGCGCCCGGCACCUUUCGCGCCGCCGACCGACCCGACGCCGUCGUCCGCCGCUGCUCGGAUUUUGUUGAUGGGUUCGGCCUGUCCGUGACGGCCGACGCGGCGGACGGCGAGCGCCUGGGCCUGGCGAGCUUGCGGUUGCGGCGCCUGCCGCCGCGCGAGGCGCUGUGGCCCCGCGAGGGCGAGGACGAUCACGGCGACGGGCACGACUACCGCUACGCGGCCUACAUCACGGGCCUCGCCGUGGCGAAGUCCGCGCGGCGGCGCGGCGUCGCGUCGACGCUAGUCGAUUACGCCGAAAGGAAGGGCGCGGCCUGGGGCGCCGCCGGCCUCUGCCUCCACGUGAAUCGGUUGAACACGCCGGCGCUGCGGCUCUACGACCGGCUCGGCUUCUCCGUCGUGCCGGACUGGUACGGCUACAACAACCAGCGGUUCCUGCUCUUCAAGCCGCUGAACGGCGAGGCGGCGGAGACGCCGCCUCCGGCGCCACCGCCGCGGAACGCGCUGUCGCCGCUCCAGAAGGAGAUUCUCGUCGACGGCGAGACGGAACCUCCGGGCGCGUCUGCCAGACCAGGCGGCCUCGAUUAUGACCUCAGGCAGGCGUACGGCACCGCGUUUCCCGCGGAGGGUGCGUACCGCUGCGUCCGAUGUUCCGCCAAGGUCUACUGGGCCCGCACCAAAAUGGGGUGCGGCUGCGGGUGGCCGGCGUUCUACGACUGCGUCGAGGGCGCCGUCGACGAGCGGCCCGAGUACAACGACCCGCUCUCGUCGGCCCCGCCGAAGUACGGCGUCGAGGCGGUCUGCAAAGCGUGCGGCGGCCACCUCGGGCACGUCAUCAGGGGAGAGGGCCUCGGGACGCCGACGGACGCGCGGCAUUGUAUCAACGGGGCCGUGCUCCGUUAUGAUCCUGCCGCGGAGGGGCAGCCCGACGACGUCGCGCAGAUGGCGGAGGAAUUGUUGGGGGAGUGAACGUCGUGUGUUAACUUGUGUC